CUCACCUGAUUACCUCGAACUCACAUCGUGAUUUCCAACUCAAGGAUAUGUUGUGACCCCCUGCCAUUGAGAGCUCCAAGCUCCCAGAUUCAUCCAACAAUUCGCUUGUAAAUCCAUUUCUUGGAGUCUUAGUACUUCAAUUUGAUCCACGCACGAAGUGGUCCAUCCAACUCUCCGACCAACCCGAUCACACCAUGUCUGCCAUCAACCUCAUCAAGCUGGGCCGCGUCGCCGGUCGUGCACUUCCGCGCCGCAAUGGAACUGGUAUACGUCUGACCCGAAGUAUCAGCUUUGCGCGAUCUCUUCCUAUUGCCAGCAUCACUACUAGAGCUGUGCAGCCAUUCUCGACCACGUCCCGAGCCGCGAAGCCAUUGACUACCGAAAUCCUUCAGAACGCCAAGGAAGCACCCCUCACCGACAACCAGUACCACGAGCUGGCGGAUGAUUACCUCGAUACUGUUCUUGAGAAGGCCGAGGCCAGAGCAGAGGCGGUGAUCGGAUUGGAUGUUGAAUACAGCGCCGGCGUGAUGACCAUCGAGGUGCCCAACGUGGGUAAGUGGGUCAUCAACAAGCAGCCGCCCAACAAGCAGAUCUGGCUGUCAUCCCCACGUUCCGGCCCGAAGCGCUUCAACUGGGUGGUCAUUAGCGAAGACCAGUCAUCGAAGCAAGACACGGCCACGGGCGGGUGGAUAUACCUCAAGGAUGGGGCCUACCUUAACGAGAUCUUGGACGCUGAACUUGGCCUCGACAUGGAAGGCGUUUCUGACUGAAGAGGUCCGAAACGACGAGUGCAUCGACGCAGUCAUGUCCCCCUCGACUGCACCCUCCACUUUGACGGAACAAACGAGAGUCGGGAUAUCGAUAAGUGAAAUGGAUGUACUUGAGCACCGUUUGAAGAAACUGGUUACUGGUAAACUUGCAGGAGUUUAGGGAGUACAAGGUCGGCAAUGAUGGCUUGCUAUAAGCAGUUCGAGACGCUUGAGCUUAUGGAUAGGGAUUACAAUCUCGAACUAGUGUACUGUACUUUCAUAUCUUAUCGACGCGAUAGUUCACCUUCAUCUACUCCCAACUGGAUUUUGGUGUCUCACAAA